AUGGAUAUGUCCGGUUUCAAGUUCGUUGUGUUUUUCCUGAUUUUCCUUCUUACAAUUUUUGAGGUGGCAAGUACGAGUAAAAAAUGUGGCCGCUUCAUCGAAUCUCAGCUAUACAACAACAAUUCAAUCACGCAGCUGAAUGAACAACCCUGGGUGUGUGGAGUACUAUAUCGGAGUAAGAGCGCAUUGGAUGUGUCAUACCGAUGCACUGGGGUGCUUGUUAGUUCGCGACAUGUCCUGACACCCGCCAAGUGUUUCCACCAUGAUGACCAUACUCCCUUUGCCGUGUCCUUUGCCACGCUCAAUGUUGGGCCAUCUCCAACAACAUUUGAAAUUGAGAAUCACUUCAUCUCACCCCAAUACGCGAAGCAUAGCUACGAAUAUGACAUAGCAGUGAUCCGGUUGGCCAAAGAAGUACCCCUUGUAUCGAGUUUAAAGCCCAUCUGUCUGCCGCCAUCUGAUGAGGCUCACCUCCCGAUGGCCGGAGACUACGUUGAGCUGGUAGGCCACACGAAGCGGAACAGCCUCGAGGAGAGCCAGCCCCUCAAGACUCAUGUCCAGAUAGUCGACCAAAUCACAUGCCAGAAUGCAUACGUACGCUUGAAAUUAGAGCAUCUAGUCUGCGGGUAUGUGAGGGAAAACUCUCGGUACCCCAGGCUGCUCGUCGAGCUAGGCAGUAUCCUAGUGGGUGUUAAUGUGAUCGAUAGGGAUCCGGAUGAGCUCUAUGUUCUUGGUAUGCGAUUGGCCGGAUUUGAUUGGGAUAUUGAUGGUCCGGAUAUCUUCAUUAUGAUUGCUCCUUUUAAGAAGUGGAUAGAAGAGAAGAUUAUGGAUUAA